UCGGUGCUGAGUGGUUGUGUGUAUAUAAAAUAGUGUGCUGUUCUGCCUGUCUAGAUAAGACUGUCGCUUCAGUAAAAAAAAAAAAAAAAAAUGGCGGAAGCUGCAGGUGCGGCGGCUAGCGCAAAUAAUCCAAAUGUUGAAAUUGUUCGUGGUCAAGCAUUUGAGGUUGGACCUCGUUACACAAAUUUGGCGUAUAUUGGAGAAGGUGCUUAUGGCAUGGUUGUAUCCGCAUAUGACAGUGUGACAAAAACAAAAGUGGCAAUCAAGAAAAUAUCACCGUUUGAACAUCAAACAUACUGUCAAAGAACACUUAGAGAAAUCAAGAUACUUACUCGAUUCAAACAUGAAAAUAUCAUUGACAUACGAGAUAUACUCAGAGCAGUUACCAUUGAUCAAAUGAAAGAUGUUUACAUAGUUCAAUGUUUAAUGGAAACAGAUUUGUACAAAUUGCUUAAAACUCAGAGACUAAGUAAUGACCAUAUUUGUUACUUUCUAUAUCAAAUUCUUCGAGGUUUGAAAUAUAUACAUUCAGCAAAUGUUCUACAUCGAGAUCUUAAACCUUCAAAUCUUCUAUUAAACACAACAUGUGAUUUAAAGAUUUGUGACUUUGGAUUAGCACGAGUAGCUGAUCCUGAUCAUGAUCAUACGGGAUUUUUAACAGAGUAUGUUGCAACACGAUGGUAUCGAGCACCAGAAAUUAUGCUUAAUUCCAAAGGUUACACAAAAUCAAUAGAUAUAUGGUCUGUGGGAUGUAUAUUAGCAGAAAUGUUAUCAAAUCGUCCCAUAUUCCCUGGUAAACAUUACUUGGAUCAAUUAAAUCAUAUAUUGAGUGUGCUAGGAUCACCAUCGCAGGAGGACUUAGAAUGUAUAAUAAAUGACAAAGCACGUGGUUAUUUACAAUCAUUACCAUUUAAACCAAAAGUGCCAUGGAGUAAAUUAUUUGGUAAUGCUGAUCCAAGAGCAUUAGAUUUAUUAGAUAAAAUGUUAACAUUUAAUCCAAAUAAACGUAUUGGUGUUGAAGAGGCACUAUCACAUCCAUAUCUUGAACAAUAUUAUGAUCCUGCUGAUGAGCCCGUCGCAGAAGAACCUUUCCGUUUUUCAAUGGAAUUGGACGAUCUACCAAAAGAAACAUUGAAAAAAUACAUAUUCGAAGAGACGUUAUUAUUCAAACAUAAGGCAAAUCAAGAACAUGGUAAUUUUAACGAUCGUUAUAUUAACGAAUAGAAAAAACGUAAAUACAGUGAUGAUGAUACAACUACCAAUAAUCAUAACGAUUUUAUGCAGAAAAAUCGUAAAAUUCGAUGUUUAUCCGAACAUCAAUAAACAAAAAAAUAUGUUUGAUAAUAUUUAAUUAUUGAAGAAAAAAAACAUAAAUAAUAAACAUAAA